AUGCCACCAAAAAAACCCAAUACUCCACCACCACCACCACCUCCACCACCACCCAAUAUUCCACGGCCACCACUGCCACCACCACGAGCUCGACGUCGUCGCGAACCCCGAAACAUAGAAAACCUUCCACUACCACCACCGCCGCCUCAGCAGCGACCACCACCACGGCUGCCACCUAACAAUGAACCAAGACCACCACGGGCACUACCUCGGCGACUGAGGAGGAAGAUCUUCUUGAUGUUCAUCGUCGGCCAUGUUAUUUUGGGUGUCUUGUGGUGGUAUAUUAUUCUCCGCCAUUAUCUUUCUUCUCAAAGCGACUCACACGAAGACUCGCACGAUAUUUACUCGCAAGAAUAA